GGCGGAUAGACAUCACGCUGAUCGUUAUAUCAAUCCAUUGCUCCGUAUUACGUACGGAGGAUAUUAUACGGAGUAUAUAUAAUAAAAUAAUAUAUUCCUCUCUUUUUUCUUCGAAAUUAAUGCAUACUCCAUACAUUCCAUUCGAUCAUCCCCUCUCUUUGCGUAUACGUGAUGUCCUGGACUGCGGCGCGCCCAUUUCUUCUGUGCUAGCUCGCUUAUAUUUUUCUGGUAAAGCUGAUUCUGGAUACGUAAGCUUUAUAUUUGGAUUUUAGCACCACUAUUUCGGGUUACGCUUCUUCAAUCAUGCACCCAUUUGGACAUUGAUUCCGUGUAGGAAUUGGGGAAUUUGAUUGUUUGAUUAGUGGGAAUUCCCGAUAAGCGCUUUCUUUUUCCAGCUUUCCUUCUGGGUUGGUUUGCUGGCAAUUCAAUUGGAAUGCCAGAGCUCAGAGUGGAAGGGUAGCCUGGUGGUGACCUCUUUGCUUGCUUCUCGUUGAGGAUUUCCGGGUCAAGUUUAAUAUUCCUCUUCUUCUCGGUGAUCUGAGCUUGAUCUCCGCCCAGAAUAAUAAAUUCAAAAGGUGAUAAUGGAUAUUAGCAAUGAGGCUAGUCUUGAGUUUUCCAAAAUCGGACCAUAUUCGAUCGUGGGUCGUGUGAUUGCUUUCAGAAUCUUGUUUUGCAAGUCACUUUCACAAUUGAGGUCUCAGAUUUAUCACUUCUUGCUCCACUACUUGACUAAGCUCAAGAAUCAUUACUUAACACCUUUGCUAUCAUGGUUUCAUCCUCGGAACCCACAAGGAAUAUUAGCAUUAGUAACACUCAUUGCGUUCCUAUUGAAACGGUAUACUAACAUAAAAGUGAAAGCUGAGAUGGCAUAUAGAAGGAAGUUUUGGAGUAACAUGAUGAAAUCUGCACUUACCUAUGAAGAAUGGGCUCACGCUGCUAAGAUGUUAGAAAGAGAGACUCUUAAAGUGAGAGAAUCAGACCUUUAUGAUGUAGAACUUGUUAUGAAUAAACUUCAAGAGCUUCAGCAUCGUCGCAGAGAAGGUUCUCUCAGAGACAUUAUGUUCUGUAUGAGAGCUGACCUGGUUAGAAACCUUGGAAACAUGUGUAACCCUAAACUACAUAAAGGAAGGCUACACGUUCCAAAACUUAUUAAGGAAUAUAUUGACGAAGUCUCAACUCAGUUAAAAAUGGUUUGCGAUUCUGAUUCGGAGGAACUUUUAUUGGAGGAGAAGUUAGCUUUCAUGCAUGAAACAAGACACGCCUUUGGCAGGACCGCUUUACUUCUAAGUGGGGGGGCUUCCCUCGGUUCUUUUCAUGUCGGUGUGGCUAAAACAUUGGUGGAACACAAGCUUUUACCUCGCAUAAUUGCAGGCUCCAGUGUUGGAUCCAUAAUAUGUUCGAUUAUAGCAACCAAAUCUUGGCCUGAGCUCCAAAGUUUCUUUGAGGAUUCUUGGCGCUCCCUACAGUUCUUUGACCAAAUGGGUGGGAUCUUUACAGUUUUCAGGAGGGUGAUGACACAUGGUGCUGUUCAUGAGAUCAGACAGUUACAGUGGAUGUUACGACACCUCACUAAUAAUUUGACUUUCCAAGAAGCCUAUGAUAUGACAGGUCGGAUUUUGAGCAUUACUGUUUGUUCCCCGAGGAAGCAUGAACCUCCUAGGUGUUUAAAUUACUUGACUUCGCCUCAUGUUGUUAUAUGGAGCGCAGUUACUGCUUCUUGUGCAUUUCCUGGGCUUUUUGAGGCCCAAGAGCUUAUGGCUAAAGAUAGGAACGGAGAUAUUGUCCCUUAUCAUCCCCCGUUUCAUUUGGGGCCUGAUGAGGCUUCUGGUGGUGGUGGUGCUCGUAGAUGGAGGGAUGGUAGUUUGGAGAUUGAUUUGCCUAUGAUGCAGUUGAAGGAGUUGUUCAAUGUUAAUCACUUCAUUGUGAGUCAAGCUAAUCCACAUAUUGCUCCUUUACUGAGAUUGAAGGAAUUUGUGAGAGCUUAUGGGGGCCACUUUGCUGCCAAGCUUGCUCAUCUAGUAGAGAUGGAGGUCAAGCACAGAUGCAAUCAGAUACUGGAACUUGGAUUUCCUCUAGGAGGUCUAGCCAAGCUGUUUGCUCAAGAAUGGGAGGGUGAUGUCACUAUCGUGAUGCCUGCUACUCUUGCUCAGUAUUCAAAAAUAAUACAAAACCCAUCAACCGUGGAGCUCCAGAAGGCGGCAAACCAAGGAAGGAGGUGUACAUGGGAGAAAUUCUCAGCUAUAAAGGCAAACUGUGGCAUUGAGAUUGCUCUUGACGAGUCGGUUGCCAUACUCAACCACAUGCGUAGACUCAAAAGAAGUGCAGAGAGAGCUUCUGCUGCUUCAGCCUCCUCCCCUCAUGGUCUGACAACCACUGUCCAGAGAUUCAAUGGUUCUCGAAGGAUCCCUUCUUGGAACUGCAUCGCUCGUGAGAACUCAACAGGGUCUCUUGACGAGUACCUUCCUCCUCCUCUUCCUGCAUCCCAUGGUGGUCCCACAGAUGCUCAUCCCCAGGGAAUUCAAAGUCGGUGCAGUGACAGUGAAUCAGAAAGUGAUCUUACUUCCUGGACGAGGGCAGGCGGCCCGCUGAUGAGGACGACAUCAGCAGAUAAGUUUGUAGAGUAUGUCCAGAACUUGGAUACCAUUGGGGGCCCAAGGUUGAACCAAGAGGUGAUGACAGCCAGCCGAGGAGGAAUAUUCUCUCCUGGUCUUAGGGUGACCACACCUGAUUCUAGCAGCAACGUCCUGGUGGUGGGAGAAGGUGACCUGCUGCAGGCUGAGAGGAUGCAUAAUGGGAUUGUGUUUAACGUUGUGAAGAAAGAAGAUUUGACAUCUACAUCAUCAAACAGUUCGUCUUCUGGUGCGGUGCAUAAUAAUGACUUUGUAGCACCUGAGGAAUGUGUGCAACUUGAUAGUCUAGGAAAAGAAAUGGAUGCUACUAGCUCUGCCUCUGAUGAUGAUGCUGAUAAUGACAUUACCAGAGUGGGUGAGAAAUAUGGUAAUUAAGUAAAUGGUGUUUCAGAUUUAGUAAGGCAGUAGUUGCCUCAAUACCACUUUUGGUCCCAAGAGUUCUCCACUUUUGGUGCACAGCUAGUUGUUUAUCACCUGCGGUCAUCCCGACCACUUAUAUGGUCAAUUUCCUUGUAAUUUUCAAGCAAUUUUCACAGGAUAAGUGGCAGGGAAUGUCGAAAAAUGAAAAAAAAAUCCUAAUCGUGCACCCAAAGUGAAAACUGAAAGUUAUGAAUAAAAAAUGGGAACGUCCUAAUACUCAUGGGACCGAAAUGUAAUGUUUUCAUAUAUUCUUUACAAGUUAGCGUACUUUUGGGAUCUGCCAUUUUAUGACAUCAGAGCAUCAAAAUUAAGCUGGGAUCCGGGUCUUGUCAUCACAUGCUUAUUUGAUUGAGGCCGUCUACUCAAAAGAUUGGACAAACGUUUGUAUGUGCGUGUAGUUUUGUGGGGUUGCCCGCAGCGUAACCGUCCGAUCAUAAUCUGAUGGCCUCGAUGAAGACACACAUAUGGUGCUUGUCCCAAAGACAGGGUUCCAGGCUGUGUACCCAAUCCUACAAGGGUACUAGAUGGGCCUUAAUUCGAUUCUUCUUUAAGAGGUGCUUCUUGUACAGAUGAAUAUACUCUGAUAGUCUGAUUCUCUUUCGUUCUAUGUAUAUAUAAAAAAUGAAUGUUUUAAGUUUGAUAACUGGUUCUUUAUAUCUGUCUUCUUGUGGUUCUCAUGAUGAUAUUUUAUAAUUAUUACUCCAUUAUUAAUUUAUUAUCAAUAAUCAUCAC